AUUUAAUUUUAUUCCACAUCACACAAUGAUUUUAAGAACCAAAACGAAAUACCUCGUAAAAUUAAAUUUAAUUUGAAAAGACGUAAGGGUUCGAAUCAAACCUUCAAUACAAUGGAAACGAAAGCGUAUAUCAUAGCCAUAUCCAAAAACGCUCUGAAGAAUGUUUAUCAUCAAAAUUUUUCAGCUGAAAAUGUACGAUAUUUGUCACCACUUUGCUACCAACAACUAAGAAUGUUUCAUUUUGACGGCUGCUUCGAACGUGAUACAUUGUAUAUUGCAGCCAAAAAAAUAUUUACAAAAAGUACACUAAGUUUUGCCCGAUAAACAAGAGUUUGCAUUGUUAACCGACCAAAGAUAAUUUGUUUUUCGAUAUUAACGACGGGGAUAACCUGUAACAUAGCUGAUGAAUGGAGCAAUCGAUGCGAAUCGGGGUGUUAAGACCCCAAAAAACUACAAACUUAUGGUUGAUCCGAUGAUUGUCAAAGGUGGCGUCAAAGUCUAUCGAUAUGAAGGCGUCAUACCGAACGAUCCAGCGCCACCAGCAGUUAUUCCACGGGAUCCGCGCAAUCAUUUAGUCGCCAAGCUUAGAACGCGACUAGAACCAUUGGAAAUUCCCGUGCCUAGAUUCAAAAUCGAUCAAAACUAUGUCGGCGAACCGCCCGCUAUCGAAAUAACAAUAACAAAUCUGAACGACAACAUUGACAAACAAUUUCUGAAGGAUUUGAUUCAAAAGUGUGGCGCUUAUGACGAAUUGCAUGUUUACUAUCAUCCGGUCACGAACAAACAUUUGGGAUUGGCGAGAAUCGUGUUCGAAAAUGUAAAGGCAGCUAAGGCUUGCAUAGCAAAAUACAAUGAUACGUCGGUGAUGGGAAAGGUGUUGAACGUGUUCCACGAUGCAUUUGGCGAAAAAUGUAAGCGAACGUUUGAGAAUGCCACAACGGAGAAUAGAGUUCAUUCGGUACCGCCGCCAGUCGCUCCUCCAACAGUCGACGAAAGUUCCCGAACUGACAUCAUCCCGUCGAAAUUCGAUGCUGCCACAAGUGAAUUCGAUAGCUUAGACGCACAUUUCAAUCGUGACCGCGAUCGGAAACGUGACAGCGACGAGCAUUAUAUGCGUCCGCACAGCCGGGACCAUUACGAAGCGGACUAUGAUCGAAAUGAUUAUGACCGAAACGACUACGACCGGAAUGAAUAUGAUCGAAGUGACAAGCAUAGAAAGAAUCGCAAAUAUGAACGGGAAAAGAAACAUCACUACCAUCGAAAAUCGGAUCGAGACCGUGAUAGAAGUGAUCACCAUCGCAGCCAUAGAGAUCGCUAUCGAUAUCGUGACGACGAACGCGAUAACAGCCGUGACUCUUCCAAAUAUCGAGAUAGUUAUAAGUCGAAAAGUGAUCGUGACUAUGCGUCGAAGUCAUCAAGUAAAAAUGAUUUGAAUUUCGGAAGUAGUGGCUACACAAGCAAUGCAGCUGCAUCGUACGAUCAGGCCUAUUCAUAUCAGUCAUACGGAUCCCAACCGACCAUACCUCCUCAAUCAUCAAGCGAUUAUUCCUACUCAACAGUGCCUGCAUCUGGAACCUGGAAUCAUCAGCAUCCAUGGCAAUCAUCAAUAGCUCCAAUUCCACCAGAUGACACUUGGUCAUGUCGACCUAUUAUUCCUCCUCCGCCAACUUCUAAUCACGUUGACGAGGAAGAAGACUGGGACGCUGAGCUCGAAGCAGUUAAACCAGCAGUGAUAACGAAACCUGCUAUAGCCGACGAUGAAAAGACGAAACGAACUGGAGAUGAUGAUCAAGCUACAAUUGAUUUGGAUACUAGAAUAGCUAUGAUGUUUAAAGAGAAGUCAUUUGGCGCCGCUCCACCCUUUCUGCAGAUGGAUGAUAGUGAUCCGGAAGUUGAUCAUAAGGAAGACGGAGAACUUCGAAACGAUGACACCAAAGUGCGUACUAAGUCACGGAAGCAUCGAAUCCAUUCAAAAUCAUCGCAUAGUUCCAAGUCGAGUGAUGCAUCGAAAAUGCUGAAGAAACAGAACAGAUUACGAUCGCAGGUAAAACGGCUAGUCGGUGACGAUGCUAGCGAUAUUUCAUCGAGUGAUGAUGACAUUCUGCUGCAAAAAACCGAUAGCCCGCCUCGCAAUCAAGUGACUCCAGCAAAGGAUGAUGACAAAAUGAGUUGGUCAAGUUUGUCUUCAACGGAGGAAAAAGAUAUGGAUCCACCUCCGUUGCCUCCAAUACCUUCACAGCCUCCAUUACCGCAAGAACCGCCGCCACCUCCACCAUCCACGAAAUCUCAUUCGGAAAGUAAUUAUUUGUAUCCGUCUGCCGCUCAAGGCUAUUACUAUCCGACACCAGGUUAUAAUCCAUAUCAACCAUCUCAUCAGUAUAUGGUCCCACAUUCAGCCUACAUGCAACCUUAUGUUCCAGGAUUUCCUGGAAUUAUUCCACAUAACAAUUAUAUGGCACCGAUGAUGUAUUCGCCGAAGAAACUGGAAAAGAAUCUGGCAACGGACGACCACUACGAAUCGACAAUAACGACUGUGAUCAAUCAAGUCACCGCUGAACUGAAGAACAUUCUGAAAAAGGAUUUCAAUAAGAAGAUGAUCGAGAACACGGCGUACAAGAAAUUCGAAACGUGGUGGGACGAUAACGAACAGAACAAAAACAAAGGUUCAGAGACGACGCAAACGGAAAGUACAACGAAUAUGAGCAAAGUACCGGAUAUUAAUCAAUUGCUCAAUAACAAUCUCGAUCACUUGGACAGUUACAGUGGCUUAACAUUAGGGCUACGCGCUCAAAUACCGAAAUUGCCAAGCUUCCGACGAAUCCGUAAAGUGCCCAGUCCCAAGCCUAAGGUUAAAAAACCAUCGGUUUGCAAUGACGAUGAAGACGAUUGGGAUAAGGACAAUGACAGUGACAUUGAGGAUAUGGUGAAGGGUUCGGAUUCGGAGGGUGAAAAUGAUACACAGCAAAGUUCGAAAAUCAGUUUCAGUGAGAAAAAGUCGAAGAGUGCAAGUAGUGACUUCAAAGAUCGUAAGCGAAAAGGAAGCAUAUCCAGUAUAUCGUCGUCAAGUGACGAUGAAACCAGUAGUGAUUCAGAUAGUAGUUCAAACGCGUCAUCUUCUGAAGAUGGUGACAAUAAACAUGAAAUUGUAGCCAACAAGAGUAAACGAGUCAAAGACACUCAAAUCUAUUCAGACUCUGACAGCAAUGCCAGUGUCAAUCUGGAUCGGAAACAAGCAACAAAAGCGUCUAGUCGUCGGAAAGUGGGCAUUUAUUCGGACUCGAGUGACGAUGAUAGCGCUAAAAUCGAUAAACCGCCAACACCUGAGAUUAAACCGAGGUCUGUCAUGCCAUCCGAUAAAGUUCAAUCUUCUACUGAUUUGCAUGACAAGAGUGCGUCGCAAAGUCCUCGGACACCUCGAACGCCUGGGAGAGAGUCACCACCAUCGAAGAAGUCAACGUAUGAUUACGAUCGCAUUUAUAGCGAUUCUGAUGAAGAGCGAGAAUAUCAAGAGAAACGUCGUCGUAACACGGAAUACAUGGCUCAAAUAGAACGAGAAGCUUUAGAAGAACGCAUGAAAGAGGAAAUGGAAAAGAGCAAGAAACUUGAACAAACUGCGACAAUAGACGAAGAAUUCGAUGCACUUCCGGAUAAAGCACCUAGUCCUGGCGAUCCUAUUACACCAUCGCUGUCUAAACUUCCUCCCACACCAGGUGCCAGACUAUCCGAUCCACUAUCUAAGUAUAUGCUCCAACAAGAAACACAAGAUAAAUUGUCUGGACUGACAACACCUAUUGCCAGCGAACAGUCCACAUCGAAAGCGAAUGGGGCACAGAUAUUGAACUCCUUACAGCAAGCGAAUGCAUUCGAAUCAACGCGUGCUGUUAAAUUUUCGCCAACCUCGUCGGAUGGUGGCUCAAGUCAAACAAGCCAAGCUAGUCAAGUUGCAAUGGAGCAUUGUUAUUCUCUUCCACCAUCCGCUUCCCCAUAUGUGGAACCAACGACACCGCAACCAUUACCAUCAACCAAACCGAAACAGUCGAAAGCAGAACCGAACAAUCAUCUUGUUGAUCAUGGGUACACAAUGAACAAUGCCGUUCCUGACGCGCCACCUGCUCCCGUGCUGAUCCAAAAGCAAGGUCCUGGUAGACCAAAGAAAGAUUCAGCUUAUGCUCGAUUGAAGAAAGCAGAGAAAGAGGCUGCACUUGCGGAAGCCAUAGAAGCGAAGAAACGCGCCAAACAACCAUUUGUUCCCGAAGAGCGUUACCCCGAACGGACCAUAAACGACGAAGUGAUGUUGCUUUAUGAAUUCCUAACGAAGGGAAUCGAUAACGAAGACAUAGAGUACUUGCGCCAGAGUUACGAGCUCAUGCUGCAAGAUGACGCCAAUAACGACUGGUUAAAUUUAACUCAUUGGAUGGAACACUGUGCUACGUCAGCUCAACCAGCUUCGAGAAAAAGAAAACGCGAGAGUGACAGAAAGAAGCAUGAAAGUGGUAGCGCCAGAACGGAAGGAUUCUAUAAAAUGGACAUUAGGGACAAGGCCCGAUUCAAGUACCAUCAUGCGAAAUUGAACGUAUACGAUACAGCCGUUGUUUCGGACAUCCAAGCCAAGAUGGUAUCAAAAAUGCAGGGUGCCUCACGCGAAGCGAGAUCGAAUCAGCGACGCCUAUUGACUGCAUUCGGUGCUAGCACAGAAUCCGAAUUGCUGAAAUUCAAUCAACUGAAAUUCCGGAAAAAACAACUGAAAUUUGCCAAGUCCGCGAUCCAUGACUGGGGCCUGUUCGCUAUGGAACCGAUUGCUGCCGAUGAAAUGGUCAUAGAAUAUGUCGGUCAAAUGAUUCGGCCGGUGGUAGCCGAUUUGCGUGAAACGAAAUAUGAGGCCAUUGGUAUCGGUAGUUCGUAUUUGUUCCGAAUCGAUUUGGAAACAAUUAUCGACGCAACCAAAUGUGGUAAUCUGGCGAGGUUCAUCAAUCACAGUUGCAAUCCGAAUUGUUACGCCAAGGUCAUCACGAUCGAAUCGGAGAAGAAAAUUGUGAUUUAUUCGAAACAGCCGAUCGGUGUCGAUGAAGAGAUUACGUACGACUACAAAUUUCCAUUGGAAGACGAGAAAAUUGCGUGUUUGUGUGGUGCCCAGGGUUGCCGUGGAACACUUAAUUGAGGAAGCGUUAAGAUUUUUUUUGUUCAAUUUUUUUUUUUUUUCAAAUUAGAAAUUCGUAUUUUACUUUUUAUUUUAUGGACUCUUUUGGACGAUUAACAUACUAAAGUGCAACAUCUAUGCUUCGAACAAAAAAAAAGAAAGGAAAAUGAUCAGAAGAUGAAGAUGAAAAAAACAUUUUUUUUUUUUGUUUAAGUUAUUCUAAAAUUAGGCUGAGAAUUAAAAUAAAAUAAAUUU